AUGUCUGCUUCAAAGUACGGAUCUACUGAUGGACAAGCUUCCACAUCUAGUGCCAAUCAAUUGAGUGUACCAGAACCCUACCAACCCCGCAAGAACUCCAGGUAUGAAGAAUCGAAGAAAAUUGCUAGGAAAUAUAAAGAUUAUGAGGAGUUUUUGAGUACUCAAAACUUACUGGAGUCCGGAGACGGAAAUAGCGUCAUUGAUGAGGCUCUACCAAGGGACCUGAGAGAAGCAGUAUGUCGUACAAUUUGCGAAGAAGGCCCAGAGCUACCAUCUCCAAUUUUGGGUUUUGUGAGCGCCCAUAAACUUUACUUCACUUUAGGGGCAGUCAUCCUACUCAUCAUUUUCAGCAUAGUCUUAUAUUACACGGGGAAUGGCGACAUUGUUGUAAUACUUUGGUAUAAGAUUCUUUGCGCACUGGGGCUUAUCGAUUGUCGCUCAGAUCUCUAG